AUGGAUUUCUAUGAUGAUGAAGACUAUGGAGUAGAUAAACCAAAGCAGAAGAGACUCAGAGUCUCGGGUCCCAGCCCACACAUUCCUGAAGCCUCGCCCCCGCCUCCCCCCGAAGCCGGGAGGCGCCGCCCCCGCCCCGUGCGCAGGCGCGCCCGGCCGCUGGUUCGAGUCCCGCGGCGCUGCGGCCCGGAGAUGCCGACGGAGCCGGGAGUGGCGGAGGCGGGCGCGGAGGAGAUUCCGCCGCCGGCCGCGGACAGCGAGCCCGAGGUGUUUGAGAUUGUGCUGCCAAUCACUAUCUUGGUGCUGAGCGAUGAGGAUUUUCUCGAGGAUGAUGAUAAGGACCACGAAGCGUCCAUUCCCGAGGUGGAGCAGGAGUUUAAAUUAAACAACAACAUUUGCCUAAAAAACGAAGUGGAGCCUUCAAAUGACAGCAGCAGUGUAGGCAAUUGGGAUGCAGACAAGACUGUUUCAAAUGAAGAUAAUUGUAUUGAGUACCCUGAGGAGAAAUGGCUUGCUGAGAGUGUGUGUAACACAUCGAAAUUAUCCUUAAGUGAUGUCCAUGAUGCAGACUCGGAUAAAUGUGGUCCAGAUUGCAUCUUAACUACAUCUCCUUGCAAAACAGAGCUUCCAGAGAUAGUGAAAUACAGUGAUGGAGAAGAUUGUGCUGAUAAUGAUGGCUUUCAGAAGAUUCCUCCUCUCCUCUCCUCUGCUGACAGUGACAGAGCCGACACUUUGGAGACAUUGGAAGUGGUACCCAAAGAUGAAGAAGAGCCUGUCAGUAUUACAAAUGCUCUUUUGGAUGGCUGUCCAGAGACACAAGCAGAACUUCACAAGGAAUUUGAGAUAAUUGUUAAAAUGGAAGAUUCUGAUUCCUCAAAGAAUGGAGAUGAUGAAAUUGAUUACAGGCAAAUAAGCAAAUUUGAAGAUGAAGCUGUGAGUUCUCUUUUGGAACAUGGCUUGAAAGAAGAAGAGAAAUUUACCUACAAUUGUCCUGAUCCAUUUCUUAAUGAAUGUUCCACUUUUAAGGAAAAUCUAGAAGAUGUAGGGAAACCUGACAUGAAUGCUUCUACUUCUGCUGAACCAAAUACUUCUGAAGAGCAUAUUUACAAGAUGUUAACACCAUUCCCUAGGAAAAGACACCAGCAACAAAAAGGUGUUUCUUCUCAUGCAAGCCCAGAAGAGUUCCAGAGCCAGCAAGAAGGUUUAAAGUGGCUGAAUGAUGGUGUGACCAUCACACCUCUUCCUAAAACAUCUUGUGUUGCAAAGGAGAAUGAAAGAUCGAGUUUCAAGUGCAGGUUUUGUAGUUCUGUGUUUAAAUGCAGUGCACACCUGAAGAAACAUAUUUAUUCAGCACAUAAAGAUAAGAAAAUACAUAAAUGCUGCUUUUGUAAAAAAACUUUUUUCUUUUCUUUCAAUCUUAAGAAUCACCUUAAAUUUCAUAAGAAGAUUGCUAGGUUGCAAAAGGCAAGAAAAAAUAGAAUAAGUGCAAGAAAAGGGAGGCAGAAAGGAUCUGAAGGAAAAUCUGAGACCAAGAAAAAAGAAAGUAAAUACAAGAAAUUUUUCAUUAAAAUUGAAAGGGACUUUACACCUCUGGAUGUGCCAGUUAGCUUUUCCUGCAGAAUUUGUUUCUUUGUUUCAUCCAGUCCUAGGAGUUUCAUUCAUCACAUGAAGGGACACAAGGAGAGACCACCUUACCAGUGCCCUCAGUGUGAUUACUCCUGCAGCAGCUUGUCCUACCUGUUAAAUCACAUGUACUGGCAUGCUGGCUACAAGCUCUACCAGUGCAGGUUCUGCACCUUCUUCUCAUUGUAUUUUGCAAGCAUGGUGAGGCACAGCCACGUCCACACAGGGGAUAAACCAUAUUGCUGUGAGCUCUGCCAGGUAGCAUUCACCAGCACCUCAGGCUUGGAGAGACACAGGAGGACACAUGCAGAGACAGAAACGUGCCAGGCACAGCAACCCAACUGCCUGAGUGGGAGAAAGAGAACUGAAAAGCUUCCAAAGAAUUACACGUGUGAUGAAUGUAACCUGGUGUUCUACACCAAAGGACAUCUCAGCUUUCACAAGAAAUUUCAUGAACAGUUAAAGGCCAGUGGUUACACAAGUCAGAGCAAUAAAUACUGUACAAGCACAGUAGGCAAAGCUGAUGGUGAUUCUCAGGGCCAUGUUUCUCACUCUGUUUUUGGUAGAGAAAACGAUUGUCUGGCUGGGGGAAUCCUGGCUUCAGAAGUGGAGUUUGAGCAAGAAGGUGAUGUGUGGAACAAUAAGAAAAUGUGUCCUGGAAAGAAAUUCCUUGGAAACAGCCAAGGAGGCAGCAGGUUGGCUAUUGCUGGAAACAGAUCAGAAGUUCCUCAGACCUCUUACCAAAUGGACACCAUCACUUACAAAGAGGAGCCUUUCUUCAAAUCAGAGACCUCUCAUUCACAAGUGCUAGAUAAUGCUUCAUUUCAUAACUUUGUGGAAAAGUUGGAGGAUACAUGUCCUUCUAAUUUCAAUACAUUCCAAACAUACAGAUGCCAGCACUGCAGUUAUGCUACUUCUGUUCCUAAGAACUUCAGGCUACACCUAAAGAUACAUACAGAUGAAAGACCGUUCGUGUGUAAAGAAUGCAAUGAGACAUUUAAAACAUCAAACCAUUUGCAGAAACACAGCCUUCUUCAUGUGAAAAAUGGAGAGGAGUUUGGAAGUUGCCUCUUUGUAGAGAGGUGUUUAGAGAAACUUGAAUUGCAUCGUGAAAUCCAGAGAGGCACAUACCCAGAAAGGGAUUUUGAUUCCUGCAAAGGCUCAAACAGCUCCUUGCUUGGUUCAGAAGUUUGGGGAGUUCAGCAAGGUGUUCAGAGGGGCACAGCAAAUGAUGUACAAGCACAAAGUCAGCCAUUACUAUAUCAGUGUUCAGAGUGCAGCUAUGCUACUGCCAUUUUAAGCAACCUGGAGCUCCACAUCAGAACUCACACAGGUGAGAAGCCCUACAGCUGCCUCGUCUGUCAGAAGAAGUUCCGCACUUCCAGUCACCUCAAGAGGCACAGACUCACGCAUUUGAACGUGGGGCAUUUCAAGUGCAUGAGCUGUGACUACUCCACCAACAAAUGGCUGUCCUUGAAGCAGCACCUGGCUUCUCACACCGGGGAGGGAACCUCCUCUCCUGGCUGCUUCUACGAGCACGAGGAGCUGCCUGUCAAGACGUACAGGUGUGAGGAGUGUGGCUAUUGCACAACCCACAGCGGGAACCUGAAGCUGCACCUGAGGAUCCACACGGGGGAGAAGCCGUUCCAGUGCGGGCAGUGCUCGCUGGCCUUCCGCACCUCCAGCCACCUCAAGCGCCACUGGCUGACCCACCUCAAGCUGCACUGCAGGAGGUGCAGGUACUCCACUGUGGAUAAAGCAGCUUUCCAAAAGCACAUAAAAACACACAAAAAGAAGCACAGGUGUGCAAAGUGUAAUGUGGUGCUGCCCACCAAAAAACUGCUGGAGAAGCAUAAGCAGCAGCACGACGCUGGAAUGUGAGGUUGAGAAUUGGAAGUUGGUGCUUGGCUUUGGGCAGGUUUGCAUGUCCUGAGUUUUUUCAUGGCUUUACGUUCCUU